AUGUCGAGCGACGCAGCAAAUCCCGUCUACUUUGAGCUAGGCUGGUCGAUUCUCAGCACCAUCUGUCUCGCCAAUGUUCUCUUCGGCUUGCUCGUCGUUGGUAUCACCAAUUUCACGCAGGUGUCCAGCGUGCCUCUCGUCACUUCAGCCGCCGGCGCAAUCGCGAACGGGCUCUGUUAUUAUGCGUUUUACGAUUAUGAAAAUAGAUAUUCACUCCCCGCUAAAGCUGCCGCAUCGGCCGUCGCGGAUAUUGCAUGGAUGAUACAAGAGGCCGGUUUAUCUUUUUACAGUUUCAUGAUCCUCCAGCGCGUCCUCCGAAAUAACCAAUGGCGUGUCUUCAUGAUCCUUUUCUGGACAAUGAUCGUCGGCAUCGUCGGCAUUCGCAUCGUCAUCGCCAUCACCCGUGUCCGACUGAUUCUUAGUGAAGGCGAUGCCCUACAAAGUCUCGUCAACCACCUCCACAUCGGCUACUUUGUUCUCAUCGCCCUACUCGAAUGUCUCAGCGCCUACUUCCUGCUCACCAUAUUCGCCAAAGCCAGGCGCUCUUCGUUCCAGGCAGCCAUCAAGACCAACUUAUUCCAGUACCUAAUGAGGAGCACGGAAGUCCGCCUAGCCCUUUUGGCCGUUCUAGGUAUUAUGCGAGCCAUUACCUACUCCUUCCAGGCAAGCGCCCAGAGCGCUACGAACGUAGCUAGCCAGGUCGACCGAUUUGCGUACACAAUGGAGUGCAUGUUUCCUGUCAUCAUGUUUAUCGAUAUCUUAGCUUCCAAGCUCGUCCGCAACGAACAUGAAUCGUCAUCCCGAAGCCGCGGAAUGGGUGCCAGAUCCCAGCCUCGACAGUUCACCAUGACCAGGAAGGACGAGCACGGCGAGCACGUCAUAGAAGUUCAAGGCGGCGUACAUGGCACCCGCCGAGAUAACCGAGCGAGCUCGCAAGAGCGGAUUAUUGAGGAAGGGUCAUCGCAAGAAACGUCGGCGGACAUCGACCUUGAAAUGAUGGAUCCUCAGAGAGUUGGCAUCAGCAAGACGGUAGAGUUUAAGGUUUACAAUGGCGAGAGAUAA